CAGAUCCUGCUGGACAUCCUAUUUGCACACACCAUUGUCUUUCACCCUCUGGAACUCUGAGGCCGAUACGUAAAGCUUAUUAAAGAUCAGUGAUACUAUCAAGAGCAGUGUGCGGUUUCCUUUUUCCUUCACCCUCUGGAACUCUGAAAUAGACUUCAUCUGUGUUUCUGUGUUCAGGUGAAACUUGUGUAUGUCAACGACCAUUACUCAGAGACCUGGUUCUAGAGUGUUAGAGACCUGGUUCUAGAGUGUUAGAGACCUGGUUCUAAAGUGUUAGAGACCUGGUUCUACUGUUCCAGAGUAGAUCUCCAGGUAGAGGACCAGGAGGACCAUGCUGAAGAAGGUGCUGCUGGGUAGUCUCGGAGCAGCUCUGGUGCUUACUGCAGGCAUCCUGUUGGGGCACUUCGGCAUCCAGAGGGGCUCCACCACCCCUGACUGGGUAAUGGACGUGACCCAGGAUGUAGACGAGGCUCUCAUCCAGAAGUUUAUCGCAGAGGUGGACAACAUUGCGAUACAGGAGAACCUCAGGGAGCUGACUAAAGUGCCCCACAUGGCGACCUCGCCAGGGGACGAGAAGACGGUUCAGUACAUGUUAAAAAGGUGGCAGGACCCAGACACAGGUCUGGACCAGGCCUGGAGGGAGGAGUACAAGGUCUACCUGUCCUUCCCAGACCCCAACACCCCCAACAAGGUCACCGUGGUGAGCCCUUCUGAGUAUGUCCUGUACACUGCCAGAGAGAAGGAGAAGGCAUAUAGUUCAGACCAGGAGGAUCCUGAGGUGGUUCAGCCAUAUGCAGCCUACGCCCCCGCCGGACACCCAAAGGGGAGACUGGUCUACGCCAAUCAAGGGAAGCCCAGUGACUACUUCCUACUCAACCAGACCUUGGACCUGACAGGGACCAUCGCUAUCACCAGAUAUGGAGGAGAGGGGAGAGCAGGGAAGGCCAUCAAUGCAGCUCCGUACGGUGUGAUCGGGGUGCUGGUCUACACCGACCCGUGGGACAUCAACGAUGGCAAGAUGUCCGACAAUGACGAGACGUACCCCUAUUCCUGGUACAUGCCCCCCUCAGGGGUGGAGAGGGGCUCCUUCAACACCCACUAUGGAGACAUGCUGACACCCUACCUGGCCGCUAAAGAUGACACAUACAGAAUACCAGAAAAUAAUAUCACCGGGAUACCGCCAAUCCCGACUCAACCAAUCGGGUUUGAGGAUGCCUACGCCUUGAUCUGUGAGCUGGGAGGAGAGCCCGCCCCAUCCGAAUGGCAGGGAGCAUUCAACUGCACGUAUAAUUUUGGGGGACCAGGAUUCAAACCAACAUCCAACUUCAACAACAGCGAUGUAAAACUGGACAUCUAUAACCGCGAGGAGCUGAAGAAUUCUGCCAAUGUAAUGGGAGUGAUUCGAGGCAGUGUUGAGCCAGACAGGUAUGUGAUCUACGGUAACCACAGAGACAGCUGGGUCCACGGGGCCAUCGACCCCAGCAGUGGAACCUCCGUGAUGCUGGAGGUGACCCGGGUGCUGGGACGGAUGGUCAAGCAGGGGAAAUGGAGGCCACGGAGGUCCAUCAUCUUUGGGAGCUGGGGAGCCGAGGAGUUCGGUCUGAUUGGAUCCACAGAGUACACCGAGGAGUACUAUAGCAAGCUGAGUGAACGUUCUGUCGCCUAUAUCAACGUGGACAUAGCUGUAUUCGCUAACGCUACUCUAAGGGUAUCGGCGUCCCCCUCUGCUCAGAGUGUUAUCCUCAAGGCCUCCAAACAGGUGAAGACACCUGGAUCAGACUCGACAUCGGUCUACGACAACUGGAUUCGCUACUUCAACCGUACUAGCUCCGCCUACGGAGUCAUCCCCAAUGUGGGUUUUCUGACUGGGGCAGGAAGUGAUUACGCUGCCUUCAUCCACUUCCUAGGAAUCACCUCCAUGGAUAUCUCCUACACCUAUGACAGAACCAAAACCAGAGCCAGAAUCUACCCAGCGUACCACACGGCAUACGACACCUUUGACUAUGCCUCCAAGUUCAUCGACCCAGGGUUCACCAGUCACCAGACGGUUGCCAGGACGGCAGGGAACAUCCUGAUGCGAUUGGCUGAUAGCCUUCUGUUGCCAUUCAACUGCAGUGACUAUGCAGAGACUCUGGAGGGAUACCUCAAUAAAGCCAUGGAGCUGUACACUGAUGGACUGGCAGCACACAUGAUCUCUAUAGAGCCAUUACAGACGGCUGUGAGGAAUUUCCGCUCUGCAGCCGCCAGACUGGACCAGCUGAUCAGAGAUUCAGACUUGGCCAAUGAGACGCCCUUGAAGGUGCGUAGGAUCAAUGACCAACUGAUGCUCCUGGAUAGGGCUUUCCUGGACCCUGUGGCGUUCCCUGAUCGAUAUGGAUACAGACAUGUGAUCUGGGCGUCCAGUAAGGCUGGACAGGCUACCUUCCCAGGACUGGCUGAUGCGUAUACCAGAGCUACGUCGACUGGACUGGACAGCGACUGGACAGCAGCACACCGUCAGCUGUCCAUCCUGAUCCAGGCCAUACAGGGAGCCGCUCACACACUGGGAGACGCCAUUUAGAGAGAACAUAGAGAUACUAAUAUAUGUUAUGAUAUACAGUAUACAUAUAUAAUAAUACAGUUUUAAUUAUAUUAUAUUUCUUUGGAGAAGAGACUGUCUCAUGGAAUGUCAUCCUAUGUGCAGUUGGGCAUUAGAAUUGGAAUUAGAUAGAAUGGAAAAUAACCAUGGUAAGGUCAGCCAUGUUGGUCAGGGAGUUGAUCAACCAUGGUUUGCCAAUGCCUUGAUAAGAUAUUGUGUAAAAUAAUGAAUUUGAAGAAUGUAUCUUCCCCGUAUGUUUGUUAGCUAGCUAGCCAGACAGUUUUAGAUGAAUGAUUCCAUUAAUUGUUUCAAAUGAACUGCCAAUAUUCCAACAUUCCAUUUAAACAAUGUAGUCAAUCCACAGCCAGACACUGUCUGACAUCAUGAUAGGACUUAGACAAGUUAUAAAUGCAACAAGUACUCAUAUAAUAGCAUAAAAACACAAAAUUGAGAUAUUUAUUGUUUGUUUACACAUAUUUUAGAGGCUAUCUAUAGAGAAAAUGUGUAUAAAACCUGUAUAAACUGUAUUUAUAAUUAUAUAACAAUAUUUUAGGUUGACAAUUAUAUUACACCAUUUCUGGUCAAAUGCCUUACUUUUAUUUUCCUGCAUAAGUAAAAUCAGAAUUAUACUUUGACAGCCAUUCGUUCCAAUAAGACGGGUUUGGAUUUCUCCCUGACGAAUAUGGCUGCCAUUUUUACUCCAUUCUGGAACUUUGGGGAUUUAUCACAUAGUCUCCACCUCUAGUAAUUUUAUAGGAUCUCUGGGGUCAGCACCAGAUUGCUAUAACAUAAUGAUGUGGUUAGCUGAUAUGUAAAAUGUCUAUCCAGGCGUUGUAAGAUCUGGUAUGCGUCAGCAACGGUUGAGCAGAUUGUGGUUGGCAACCGGUCUGCUUAGGGAGACUAAUGACUAUCAAAUAAUAGCCUAACUUUGUAAAAAGCUCCGUCUACAUAUAUAUUUACUGUUUAAUAAACAAUUAAAUAACAAUUAUAGGCCUA